UUUUUUGCUCCACAAAGCUUGCUAUUCUUUACUCACAAUUUUUGAGGCCUAAAGCCUACACACUAACUCUUGAAAAGGAAGUGCAGUCUGAAGGAGUAUGGUGGUGUAAUAGUUCAGCUACUUAUUAUUGGUAAUGCCAAAGUCUGCCAGAGAUAAGCAGAUUGCCAACUAUGACCUCAGACUUGGCGGGGAGAUAGCAAAUCACACCAGGGUUUUGCAGGAGACAGCGUACGCUACACAAGUACACAGCCGCAUGGCAAGUGUCUGAAUGUCCCCAUGAUAUUCCAUCACAGUUCUAUGACACUUGUAAAAACACGGCCAGUACAUUAACUAUAAUGUUCUAGCAUUUUUAAUACCUUCUGACGAGCCAGGUAAGUGUCUGUAACUCGGACGGUUCGCAAACGCAAAGUUUCAGACUGCAGGCAGCCUGUCUCCAGCAUUUGUAUCCAUUUUCACUGGUGGGCGGGACCUGUGCUCCCCCAGCCAAUAGAAAAUAUCCUUGGUUUAAAUAGCCUCUGUUGUCAAUCAUUGGGAGUGCGCCUUAGGUAUUUGUGCGCCGUUUCAGUGGUGGGCGGGUCCUGUGCUCCACCAGCCAAUGGAAAUCCUCAUCUGUUUAAAUAGCCUUUGCUGUCAAUCUUUUUUUUUACUCCCAGUUUACUUGCAAUCGCCAUAUUGGGUGCUCGCCUACUCGAAUGAUUUGUCUGUUUUUCUUCGGAAUUACUACGAGACGGGAUCGGAGCCGCGCGCUGUUUUGAUGAGCGCUCGCGAUCGUCGCUGUUGUCGUUCUGCAUUACAUUCACGCGCUUGUUAUGAAUGCGCCUGGUUCACUUUGCGAUUUCUUAGGCGCGAUUGUGUUUAGUUAGUGCGUUCGGUUCGAUUGCAACUACGAUUCUUGGGCAGAGUUUCAUGUGAAAGAUGUCAAAAGUGCGCGUCUCGAAUGGAAGUCCGACGCUGGAGCGGGUCGAUGCGAGGCAGGCGGACCACAAGCCUCACGUGUGCAGGAAUCUGUUCGGAUCUGUGAAUCGCGAAGAGUUCGAGAGGGAUGUUAAGGAGCAACUGCAGGAGCUCGAGAAAGCAUCCUCGGACAAAUGGAACUUCGACUUUGCCAAAAACGAGCCGCUUUCGCCGGGCAAGUACGAGUGGCAGGAGGUGGACAGCAAAGACGUGCCGGAAUUUUACAGCAGAGCACAUCAUGCCAAACGGGCUACCGAGACUGUGGAUCAUAACCGGAAUCACGAUUAUUUGUUGACAACUCCCUCUCUGGAGAGCGGAGGGGAGGACUCUGGAAACACAGAGCCUGGGAGUCAGUCAGAUUGCCAAACAGCACUGACCACACCGAGGAAAAGGCCGUCGGCGGAGGAUGAGGAUCUUCCUUGCCAAAGUAAAAGACCCAACGUCCAUCCGACCGAAGCGAACCACUGUCCGGAUACGACAGAUUCGGUCGAGCAGGCGCCCUGCAAAUCAGACCCCAAAACGUAAACAAGGACUUUUACGCAAAGAGAUGAAGAAGCCUAUUUUCUCCAUCAAAUACUUCAAGAGCUUUAUGAAGUAAACAGGGACAUCAGUUGAUCAUUAUAUAUAUAUAUAUAUAUAUAUAUAUAUAUAUAUAUAUAUAUAUAUAUAUAUAUAUAUAUAAAAGCCUUGGAGAGGCUGUAUAAGCACUGAAUUUUUACACUAAAGUUUUGGCACUCGACAGAAUAUAUUUGCCUCAAAAGCAGACAAUGUAGCAGUGUGCAAUUGGAGUUGCUUCAUUUGUUGUUUUACUACCUAUGUAUAUACUUUCAUUUUAUAUAUGUUGCACAUUUAAAUGUAAUAUUAAGAUAAAAAAAAAACACAAUCAUUUAUAAUGGAGUGCGUUUGACUUGAAGAAUUGCUGUGCAGUUUUCAAAACGUCUCCCCUCAAAAUUAUCCCUCUUUAAAAAAAAGCAUAUAUGUACACACACACACACACAAUUUCCCCUUAAUUAAGCUUCACAGUCCCAUUGUCUCAGUUUAAGGCUGGCUCAGGAUGUUAACAGUCAAAAAAUAGACUUUAUUGUGUAUCAGUUUAGUGCUGAACAGCAGCACAGCUCUUGACCAUUUUUAAGUUGCACAAAUAUGUCACUGUCUGAAAAGCAUCAGAGACUUUGUCACCUCCUGUGAUCUGGGUAAAUCAAAACAAAAAUUUGUGUUUUGAAAUUUGCAUUAAAACCAUUGGGGAUGUUUAUUGGUACAUAUGAAUUUAUCAGUCAAAGUUACAGCACAUUUGUAGUGGCGUGUUCCUCUCUGGAGGGGUCGUGACUCCAAGUGUGGUAUUAAGGUUUUCAUUGUUCUUUACAGUAUUACUAUAUCCCUGGGUUAUUCCACUAUUUUUAGUUUUAUUUUAAAUUAUUAUUUUUAUUUUUGUCAUUUUGGAAUAAUCUUAAAAUUCUCAUGAACUGCAACAGACAAAAAAUUAGUGCAACUGUAAUGACCAAUUAAUUUCUUUUUUCGUGAGUUUUUAUAUUUCCAUUAAUUGCUGUAGCAUAAUGUUUAUAUAAAUAAAUAUAUAUUCUUUGUUUUUUACUUUUUUUUUUUUUUUCUUUAACACUGGGCCAUAUAGUUAAGAACAACAUUAGUCCAUGAAGCCAGUUCUUUGCCACAAUAUAUUUGGCUUUCAUGUUGAACAUGACAUGGCACUAUGACAAAAAUAUGUAUAAACCAAUGAAAGGAAAAAAAUAAAAUGAAAUAAGACGUUACACUGCAUGUGUUAAAAACUUUGAAGUGUACCUGUGUAUACUGCUUUGUAAAGGAUAAGAAAAAAAAACAAAAAACAAACAAAGGAAAACAAACUGAGAAAAUUAAACUAACUUAUUUAUGUCAAGCUUUUUUGUUGUUUAUGACUAUCCAAAGUGGCAUUUGUGCAGUUUCUGUAUGUACUUCUUUUUAUAAGUUUAAUUUUUCUUUUUUUUUUGCAAAACAAGGUUGCAAACUGAGCCUAUUAAGAAUUUGAUGUGGAUUGUGUACUGCUUUUUAAAUGAGAUGAUUAAAACAUAAUGACAUGAA